UUUCCUGGGUUUUUUUGCUAUACAACGAACCGAAAAUUUUGUGGGUUUCUUAGUCUUUGUGGAAAAUUUGCAUUCUGUAGAAUUUAUUUUUAAUGAAUUUUUUAAAUAACAUUUUUGUUUUUUGGUGGCAAUAGAGCAUUUAGAAAUUUUGGUUUUCUAGUUUUAUUUCGAUUUUUAAAUUUUUUUUGUCUUAAAACAGCUCUGGUUAUCAUUUCAUAUAGAUAACUUCUCAAUUUUUAUCAAACUUUUUGGGAUUUAGAGAAAAUUUGUUAAAAAAUUAAAUAUUCCAAUCCAAAUCAAUUUAUAUUUUACUAUUUUUUAACAUUCAUUUUUAGAUUUUUGUUCAUGUGGCCGAAUGCAAGAAUUUCUGUCAUGGGUAGUGAACAAGCAGCCAAUGUUCUGGCCCAAAUCCAAAGAGAAAAGCGUGCACGGAAACAAUCUGGAGCAGAUUCUGAACCUUUGACUGAAGAAGAGGAACGCAGAAUCAAACAACCCGUUGAAGAGCGUUUUGAGCGUGAGGGAUCCCCCUUCUUUGCUUCUGCACGUCUCUGGGAUGAUGGUGUCAUUGACCUUGCCAAUACUAGGCAAGUUCUCGGUCUCGCUCUCCAAGCAACACUUUGUGGAUAUAAAACUGAGGAUGUGGAGAGGACUAAAUAUGGAGUUUUUCGAAUGUGAUAUCUUUUAACCUUGCCUAUAUU